UGCUGUGCAGAGACCAUCACCAGAGGACAGCCAGAGCCGUUCUGCCUGGAGAAACAGCUGAGAAACAGUGUCGAACAGGAGCAGAGAUAACCCCGGUGCAUGCUGGGAUGGAGAGCGAUGGAGAGGAUGAGGAGAUGCAGCUGAUGAUCGAGCGGAGUCUGCUGGAUUGUACCAAGCGCGGGGGCUGUGGGGGAGGCCCCGUCGAGGACGAGAGCAGCCCACCUGAUGCUGCCACAGCAACGGACAGGAUCUUCACAGCCAUAAGGACAGGUGACGUGGAGAUGCUUGCGGAGCUGUGGGCUGUGUGUGGGGCCAGUGCUGGGACAGACAGUCGGGGGUGGAGCCCACUACACCAGGCGGCGACCCAGUCCAGCAGGAGCAUCCUGCAGGCCACCUUCUCAGCGGCUCAGCAGGGGGCGGGGCAAAGCCGCACGCUUCGCGGCGAGACGCCCCUUUUCCUCACCAUCGAGCGCGGUCUCAUCGCCAACGCCAGCUUCCUGCUGCAGAACGGCUGCAGCCCCAACACCCCCAACGAGGAGCAGGACUCCCCCCUGAUCUCAGCUGUGAAGCAUGACCAGUACGAUGCGGCCUCGUUGCUGCUGAGUUUCGGGGCGGAUGUGAACCAGGCCGGGCAGCACGGCAGGGCCCCCCUGCAUGAGGCCUCAGACCUGGGGAGGGACGGGCUGGUUCAGCUGCUGCUGCAGGCUGGAGCCCAGCUGGACCCCCUCAGCGCCUACAGCCGCACCCCCCUCGCCCUGGCAGCGCACAGCGCACACCUCAGCGUGGUGCACACCCUGCUGCAGAGAGGUGCGCAGGUGAAUGCUCAGGCUCAGGACUCAGCCUCAGUGCUGUUUGAGGCAGCAGGGUCGGGGAAUCCUGACAUCAUCACCCUGCUGCUGGAGUACGGCGCUGAUGCCAACCUGCCCAACCGCACCGGCCACCUGCCCAUCCACCGUGCCGCUCACCGAGGGCACCUACUGGCUCUGGAGCGGCUGAUCCCGGUGACCCGGCAGGAUGUGGUGAAGCAGAGUGGGAUGAGCCCGCUCCACUCAGCGGCGGAUGGCGGUUACCCACAAUGCCUUGAGCUCCUGCUGAACGCCGGCUAUGAUGCCAACCACAUGCUACACCAGCGCGUGCGCUGUAACUACGACGACCAGCGCAAGUCCGCGCUGUACUUUGCGGUGUCGAACGGCGACGUGUCGUCCUGCAGACUGCUCCUGCGGGCGGGGGCCAUGCCCAACCAGGACCCGGUCAGCUGCCUGCAGGUGGCGCUGCGCAUGGGCAACUACGAGCUGAUCGACACCCUGCUGCGCCACGGAGCCCACGUCAACUUCUCCUCCCGCGUCAACCCCACGCUCUUCCCCUCCGGCCUGCAGUACGCGCUGAGAGACCAGCCCAUGCUGCGCAUGCUGCUGAACCACGGCUACGACGCGCAGCGCUGCUUCCACUGCCCCUACGCUGACGCCCCCCACCUGCCCCUCGACUACGAGGGCUGGGGCCCCUCCGUCAUCCGGGACACGCCGUUCUGCGAGGUGAUUACGGUGUGCUGGCUGAAGGACUUCGCUGCACAGGUUGUCCGCAUCCUACUGGACUACGUUGGUCAUGUGACAUUUUGCUCCAAACUGAAGUCCGUCCUCGAGGAUAAGGAGCAGUGGCCUGAGAUCUGUUUCAUUCAAGGGAGUGUGCGCAGUCUGAAGCAUCUCUGUCGGCUCCGGAUCCGGGGCUGCAUGGCUCGGCGGCGGUUCAGCGCUCCUGUAUUCGCAAGCUGCCUGCCGUUACCCACAAUCCUCAAGGACUACAUCCUGUUCAGCGAGUAUGACCUCUAUGGCAGAGGAAGCUUGGAAUGAUCCUCCAGGACUGGGACCCGCAAGGUUGGUGGUUCUAAUCCCAGUGUAGCCACAAUACGAUAUGCACAGCCGUUGGGCCCUUGAGCAAGGCCCUUAACCCCGCAUUGCUCCAGGGGGGUUUGUCCCCUGCUAAGAGAAA